UGGGGUGCUAUAGCCCCCCUAGCCCCCCUAGAAAUUACGGCCUUGCGUUGUAAAUCUUAUUAAAUACUCAGCUGUAUUAAGAAAAAUAAUAAAAAAAAACGAGUUCAAGAACCUUAAUUUAAUGUAUAAGACUAAUUUCGUUUUUAUGUAAGUUGCGACCCAUACAGUGAAUAGUCUUCCGCGGUGCAAGGUUCUCGUGUGCGACUUGUACUCUUGUAGAACUGUAGCGAACCGUGGGGACAUGUGGCGUAGUGGUGCAAGACUCUAUAAGCUGUGUUACGUACGUCACGAGUGUGUGGAGGCGUCCAGUAGUAACGUAACAGGCUACGGGCCAGCGCCACAGCGAGCGUCGAGCGAGCGGCACGCAUUGGGAUCCAAGCACGGAGUGGCCAAAAGUUUGCGUAGUGACUGUAUUAUAGUGAGGCGAUUGGGGGACGAACGAGUGCCAGGCCAGCGAGGCGGCGGCCAGUGUGGAUAUGCAGCCCGGUGCGAGAGGGUGAGCACUGGAGGCUGGCGCGGAGGAUUACACUGCAUCAUCAUAUACGUGUGUGUGGUGACCCUAUAGAUUUUCAACGGGAAUUCUGAGCGGGAGAAAAAGGUCACAGAUGCUUGAAUGAACACAAGAAAAGAAUAGAAAAUAAGUAUGAAUCGAGCGAGAAAAUGAAGAGAUAAAUUAUGGAAAAUAUAGUGCCAUAGUACAAUAUAGUGAGAGAAGUAUUGCAAAGUGUGUGAUUAAGCAGAAGAGAUCAAACGGAGGAGGACCUACGAAGCGAUACAAAGCGACACAGGUCAAAAGAAGUAAAAAAAGAAAUGAUGAAGACACUCGAAAUGAAUGUUUAUAUAAUUUAUACUUGAUUAAUGCGGUGACUUAUUUCCCAGUACUUUAGAACUGGCCAGUGGAGUGAGAGAAUGGAUCGCCAGUAUCUGAGGCAAUAAACAUAAUUAUAUUCCACGUGAGCAAAGUGGAAAUAAGUGUUCAUAAUAAGUCUAAUCCAUAGUGAAUCCUAUAUGUGUGUAGCCUUAUACAGUACAAGCAAAACUCAACCAAUAAGUCAAUCAACCAAUCAACAAUCUAGAAGUGCUUCCCCUAGAGCCUAGACUCAUCGAGGGUGGACUCGCUCGCCCCGGCUUCAGUUGACUUGUGGCGUGCAUUACCCAUAGACUUAAACAGGAGUAUCAGUCAGGCUUGUCUUUAUCAUCCCUUCAAACGGCAUCACAGUAGCAUCGAGACUCUCUGGUGGAUCAAAGAAACCUGGAGUUGGAUUAUUGUUUAAGUGGACUCCAUGAAGGGUACGAUACGUUCCACUGAAGAAAGAAAAUAACCUCUCAUGGAAAAAUUCGUACGGUAUCCAUUUAACACCCACCUCGCUAAAAUUGGUCCUGAGAGAGUCGUAUGAAUCUAUAAAUGUACACGAAAAUACAGUGCGGUUGCUAUAAUAGGCUAAUUCUUACGUUUCCCUGUAGUGUGUCUUUCCUCGACUUUUGAAGAACACGAAUCCAUCAAAAUCAGCUCAUCUCACCCCACACUAUGAUGUCACCUGCCUCGAGACCCUUCAGUGCAUCAAAGGGAACUUCUUGCAGGGGUGACUCUCAUGUUUCCUGGUAGCGCAUCAACCAUCAGUCCAGCGUAACAUUAUGUAAUCCUAGGUCCGGCACGUCAGUUCGUCUCUCCCCACGCAAUGUUGCCAACCGCCUCGAGCCCCGGUGACCAACAUUAGCGGUUCCUCCUAUACCAAGCGGGCGGCCAGCAAGGGUUUGAUAAUGACCGCCGAUGUGUUGUUCACCCUUCUGCGGUUGGUGCUUCUGGCGGUUUUGAUGCGGUCCGGUCCCAACCCUUACAAGACCCCGACCAAUUACCGCACAACUUAUGACUUCGUUGUAGGUACGUUCGUGGCUCCCUGUUUGUCUCCUUCCUUGAUACGUAAUACAUUUAAUAUGGUUCUUACCUCCUUAUUUCCUUCCAUGUUCCCUCCCUCUAACGCACAACAUCGAGUCCUUUUUCCCUCUCUUCCUUCUCUCUCUUAUGCCCUUCCGUUCUCUCUCUCUUCGAUGACCAACUCUCUCCCUUCCCUCUCUCAUGCUCUUCCGCUCUCUCUCCAAGACCCAGCAUCCUCACGACCAGCCCUUUCUCCCUCUCUCAUAUGCCCCUCCGUCCCUCUCCAAACCCAACAUCCUUAAUUAACAGCAGUCCUUUCUCUCUCUUCCCUCCGUCGGCAUGUGCAGUGGGCGGGGGCUGCGGGGGUGGUGUGGUGGGGGCGAGGCUGGCCGAGGCUGGCUGGCAGGUCUUGGUGAUAGAGGCAGGACCGGCCCCGACCCCCGAAACCACGGUGCCUGGACUGAAUGUGGCCCUGUACUUCACCGACACAAACUGGGAGUACCACAUCGCCCCCCAGAGGUACUCCAACCAGUACUUCAUUGGCAAGGGUGGGCGGAUAUUGCAGGGGCGUGUCAUGGGCGGCUCAGCUUCCACGGGCGGCCUGGUGUACGCGCGGGGCAACAGGCGUGAUUAUGACCUGUGGGCGGAGCUUGGGAACCCUGGCUGGGACUACGAGAGUGUGCUGCCUUACUUCAAGAGGAGCGAGGACUUCCAAGGCCCUCUCCCUCCUGGCGCCGAGGCCUUCCACGGGCGCGGGGGUCCUCUGGGCGUAACUCGGAGCGCCAAAUCGUCCCCCGUGACCCAAGCGUUCCUGGCUGCUGGGAGGGAGUUGGGCUUUUCCGAGGUGGACUCCAAUUCGGGCAGCCAAGUCGGAUUCGCUCGAUCGUUCUACACCACCAAGAACGGCGCCAGAACCUCCCCCGCCGAGGACUGGAUACGCUCCGCCCUUCUGACGCACCCCAACCUCCACGUUCUGACCGACGCCACUGUGCAGAAGAUCCUGUUCGACCAUGACAAGCGAGCGGUGGGCGUCGAGUUCGUGCGCGGGAAAGAGAGGCGGGUGGUUCGGGUGACGAGGGAGGUGGUGCUGUCCGCGGGCGCCUUGGCCACCCCGAAACUGCUCAUGCUGUCUGGAGUCGGCCCGGCAGCUCACCUACAAAAACACGGGAUCCCGGUGUUGUUGAACCUGCCUGGCGUCGGACAAAACCUGCAGGACCACUUCAACGUGCACGGCCUCUCCUGGACCGUCCCUAAAGGCGCCCUGGGCUCGCCUAACAUGUUCACGGCCGCCCUGCAGUACUAUUUCUCGCGGACAGGGCCGUUCACGGAGCCGCUGGGGGACAAGACAACGGCCUGGGUCAACGUGGGCUCCGGAGACUCCAGUUGGCCGAACAUUCAGUGCCACAUCCUCUCCUCGACGCCCGCCUUCGACUUCGGCCUCUUCACCGCGCGCCUCCUUAGCAUCAGCAGCGAGAAGUACAACGCUUACUUCGGCCCCAUCCUCGGCGCGGAAGGGUUCACGAUCGAGUGCCAGCUGUCGAGGCCCAAAAGUCGUGGCGAAGUCUUACUCAGAUCAAGGAACCCCGACGACUACCCGAUCGUCGACCCCAACUUCCUGAGCCACCCCGACGACGUGGACACCCUCGUCAAGGGAAUCAAGUUUGGCGUCUCCAUCGCCAACACCUCGGCGCUGGGAGGCAGGUUCGGCGCCAAGCUGCAUAAGAGGCUCCUGCCGGGUUGUGAGCACUAUGCCUUCGGGAGCGACGGCUACUGGGCGUGUUACGUGCGACACAUGGGCACCUCCUACAUUCACCCGUGCGGUACCGCCAAGAUGGGACCGCCCGAGGACCCGACGAGCGUGCUGGACGAGAACCUGAAAGUGCGCGGGGUGUCGGGCCUGAGGGUGGUGGACGCCUCUGCCAUCCCCGCCAUCCCGUCCGCUAACAUCAUGGCCGCGGUGAUGAUGAUAGGUGAGCGGGCGGCGGACCUCAUCACGGAAGAUUGGAGAGGCCGCCCGCCACGCCCACCCAGCUAACCAAACAACCGACUCAGCCCACUAAAACGAUGUCUAUAUAGUGAUCCUUAUAUUGAUAUUGCACUAAACUACCUCCCCAGCCGCCCACCACGCCCACGAAGCUAUCUAAACAGCCUCCCCAUUCUCCCCUAAUCUCCCCAGCAAACCAAACCCCCUUCCCAUGUCCCUUAAACUCCCCAGCUGAUCUAAGUAUCCCUCUCCCCAGUUAACCAAACCCCCUUCCCAUGUCCCAUUAACUCCCCAGUUGAUCUAACUAUCCCCUCCCCAGUCCCACAACCUCCCCAGCUAACCAAAUCCCCUUCCCAUGUCCCUUAAACUCCCCAGUCGAUCUAACUAUCCCCUCCCCCAGUCCCAGAACCUCCCCAGCUAACCAAACCUAAACUUCCCAUGUCCCUUAAACUCCCCAGCUGAUCUGACUAUCCCGCUCCCCAGUCCUACAACCUCCCCAGCUAACCAAACCACCCCCUACCCUACAAUCUCCCCAGCUAAUAUUAAAACCUUCCCAAACGACCCCGCCAGCUGACCCCUCCUUCCCCCUGCUAACUUAACCUCCCCAACAAACAUAACCACCUUUCCCUUGUCCCAUUGCUACCCUCCCCAACCGACUACAACACCCCAGGCUAAUCUAACCACCUCUUCAGUCUCGUAACUCCCCCAGGUGACCUAAUUAUCCUCACCUUACCCCCUCCCCUCUGAUCCUCGCCCCCAGCUGAUCAGAACGCUCUCCCUCUACCCCCCCCCCCUGCAUGAGUAUGGGUAACAUGUGUAUGGGUGGUUAGUGUGGUUAGCCAGUGCUCGUGUGCCUCAACAUAUGUAAUUAGCCAUAUAGACAGAGAGAGGAGUGACGCCAUAUGUAGGUAUAGAAAGAGAAAAUAGUUUGAUGAUCGUGUGGUUAAUCCGCAUCUACUACUUCUACUACUACUACUACUACUACUACUACUGCUGCUAUAACUAAACUCCCCGUUCUACAUUAAUUACUCAGGAUGUUAUUUAAAAGGAACCUUAAUACUGACUCAGCGCAAUUCGGGUAAUGAUUUUCAAGGUCACUAAUAGCCCGUGACCUUGACUUAAUGCUCAACAGACGUGGGUUCUCGACUUCGUUUUGAACUCUGAUUAAGCCUCGACUUGACACUUGUGAAUAGUUGACUUGUUUUAUUGAAUAUAUGUUUAUUUGUUACGUCUAUGUUUCUUUUUCUGCUUUGUGUCUGUGAUUGUCGUGUUGUGUUGUUUGUGUUUCUUGUUGCAAAUAUAUGACGUUUUAAUUUUUA